ACGGCACUCUGAUCAAACUGCAAUUUGAUACCGGAAGCUGGCCCCGACACUUCCCGGAAGUUCCCCCUCAGAGCCUGUUGUUUUUGUUGCUAGUAGAGAGAGUGUGGUGAAAAAUGGCGACGUCUCGUCGCGCUUCUCAGCAGCAACACCAGGCUUUAUCCUCGCCUCCACGCGUUGUCUCGACUUCUCUCACUCCGCCCGGAUCCCCUCCGGGCGCCAGUGUCGCGAACAUCUCCCCCCCGGCUGGAGGCGAACAGGACGCGGCCGGAGAUGCGGACCCGAGCGCGGCCUCCUCCCCCGCUCCGCUCCGCAGCGCGAGCAGCACUAGCAGUACUAGCAGCAGCAGCACCAGCAUUAGCAGCGCGAGCUCCCCGAGCACCACGGGAGGCUCGAGUCCGGAUUCAGGCGGCACGAGCCCGGCCGGCGGCUGCGCGAGCAGCGGCGCUUUCCGGGAGCUGUUCGAGGCCUGCCGAAACGGAGACGUGUCUCGGGUCAAACGGCUGGUGGAUUCGGUGAACGUUAACUCUAAAGACAUGGCCGGGCGCAAAUCCACUCCCCUGCACUUUGCCGCAGGUUUUGGAAGGAAGGACGUUGUGGAGCAUCUUCUGCAGACCGGGGCAAACGUGCACGCCCGUGAUGAUGGUGGUCUGAUCCCCCUGCACAACGCCUGCUCAUUCGGCCACGCUGAGGUGGUGAGCCUGUUGCUGUGCCAGGGAGCCGACCCCAACGCUAGAGACAACUGGAACUACACACCGCUCCAUGAGGCCGCCAUCAAGGGGAAAAUUGACGUCUGUAUAGUCCUGCUCCAGCACGGCGCUGACGCCAACAUCCGCAACACCGACGGCAAAUCAGCGCUGGACCUGGCCGAGCCAUCCGCCAAAGCCGUGCUCACCGGCGAAUACAAGAAGGACGAACUGCUGGAAGCGGCGAGGAGCGGAAAUGAAGAGAAGCUCAUGGCCCUGCUCACCCCGCUCAACGUCAACUGCCACGCCAGCGAUGGACGCAAGUCGACUCCACUACAUCUGGCAGCGGGUUACAACAGAGUCCGAAUCGUGCAGCUCCUCCUGCAGCAUGGCGCAGACGUCCACGCCAAGGACAAGGGCGGCCUCGUCCCUCUGCACAACGCCUGCUCCUACGGCCACUAUGAAGUCACAGAGCUGCUGCUUAAGCAUGGAGCGUGUGUGAAUGCUAUGGACCUGUGGCAGUUCACCCCCCUGCAUGAGGCAGCGUCCAAGAACCGCGUAGAAGUCUGUUCUCUCCUGCUGAGUCACGGCGCCGAUCCUACGCUGGUCAACUGUCACGGCAAGAGCGCGGUGGACAUGGCACCUACACCCGAGCUCAAAGAGAGACUCACCUAUGAGUUUAAGGGUCACUCUCUGCUCCAGGCGGCACGGGAAGCUGACAUGGCCAAAGUAAAGAAGACGCUCGCUCUGGAGAUCAUCAACUUCAAACACCCGCAGACCCACGAGACUGCACUGCACUGUGCUGUUGCCUCGCCCCACCCCAAGAGGAAGCAGGUGACCGAGCUGCUGCUUCGGAAAGGCGCCAACGUCAACGAGAAGAACAAAGACUUUAUGACUCCUCUGCACGUGGCAGCUGAGAGAGCUCACAAUGACAUCCUGGAGGUGCUGCAGAAACACGGGGCCAAGAUGAACGCUGUGGACACCCUGGGACAGACGGCUCUGCACAGAGCGGCUCUCGCUGGUCACCUGCAGACUUGCCGUCUGCUUCUGAGUUACGGCGCAGAUCCAGCCGUGGUCUCGCUGCAGGGCUUCACCGCCGCACAGAUGGGCAACGAGGCUGUCCAGCAAAUCCUCAACGAAAACAUUCCCGUGAGGAACUCUGAUGUAGACUACAGGCUUUUAGAGGCAGCUAAAGCAGGAGACCUGGACACUGUGAAGCAACUGUGCUCUGCUCAGAAUGUGAACUGCAGAGAUCUGGAGGGACGUCACUCAACGCCGCUGCACUUUGCGGCAGGCUACAACCGUGUGGCUGUGGUGGAGUACCUGCUCCAUCACGGUGCAGAUGUUCAUGCCAAAGACAAAGGAGGUCUGGUGCCGCUGCACAACGCCUGCUCCUACGGGCAUUACGAAGUGGCCGAGCUGCUGGUGAGACACGGUGCGUCGGUGAACGUGGCUGACCUGUGGAAGUUUACGCCGCUGCACGAAGCUGCUGCCAAGGGCAAAUACGAAAUCUGCAAACUUCUUCUAAAGCACGGCGCUGACCCGACGAAGAAGAACCGUGACGGGAACACGCCCCUAGACAUGGUGAAGGAAGGAGACACUGAUAUCCAGGACCUGCUAAGAGGAGACGCUGCUCUGUUGGAUGCCGCGAAGAAAGGCUGCUUGGCCCGCGUGCAGAAACUCUGCAGCCCGGAGAACAUCAACUGCAGAGACACGCAGGGGCGCAACUCUACACCACUACACCUGGCAGCGGGAUAUAACAACCUGGAGGUAGCAGAGUAUCUUCUGGAGCAUGGUGCGGACGUGAACGCGCAGGACAAAGGAGGCCUGAUUCCCCUCCACAACGCAGCUUCAUACGGACACGUGGAUAUUGCGGCUCUGCUGAUUAAAUACAACACGUGUGUGAAUGCCACGGAUAAGUGGGCGUUCACCCCGCUCCACGAGGCUGCGCAAAAGGGGCGCACCCAGCUGUGUGCCCUGCUGCUGGCGCAUGGAGCCGACCCCACCAUGAAAAACCAGGAGGGCCAGACACCCCUCGACCUCGCCACGGCUGAUGAUAUCCGUGCUCUGCUGAUUGAUGCCAUGCCUCCUGAUGCCCUACCCAGCUGCUUUAAACCUCAGGCCACGGUGGUGAGCGCCGCCGUGAUUUCGCCCGCAUCGACGCCGUCCUGCCUGUCAGCUGCCAGCAGCAUCGAUAACCUGGCCGGCCCAUUAACUGAGCUCUCAGCGGCCGGAGCGUCAGGGCCUGCAGACGGAGCUACGGGGACUGAGAGGAAGGAGGGAGAGAUUACCAUUCUGGAUAUGAACAUCAGCCAGUUCCUGAAGAGUCUGGGCCUCGAGCAUCUGCGGGACAUUUUUGAGAGGGAGCAGAUCACUCUGGACGUGUUGGCUGAUAUGGGACACGAGGAGCUGAAGGAGAUCGGCAUCAACGCUUACGGUCACCGUCACAAACUAAUCAAGGGCAUCGAGAGACUGCUGGGCGGUCAGCAAGGUGCCAACCCAUACCUGACAUUCCACUGUGCGAGUCAGGGCACAGUCCUGAUCGACCUGGCACCUGACGACAAAGAGUUUCAGUCUGUGGAAGAGGAGCUACAGAGCACGAUCAGAGAGCACAGGGAUGGAGGAAAUGCCGGCGGAGUCUUCAGCAGGUACAACAUCCUAAAGAUUCAGAAGGUGGUGAACAAGAAGCUGAGAGAGAGAUACGCACACAGACAGAAAGAAAUUGCUGAUGAAAACCACAACCACCACAACGAGCGCAUGCUAUUCCAUGGCUCUCCCUUCAUUAACGCCAUCAUCCACAAAGGUUUCGAUGAGAGACACGCCUACAUCGGGGGGAUGUUCGGAGCGGGGAUAUACUUUGCUGAGAAUUCAUCCAAGAGCAACCAAUACGUGUACGGCAUCGGCGGCGGCACCGGCUGCCCCACACACAAAGAUCGCUCCUGCUACGUCUGUCACAGACAAAUGCUGUUCUGUCGCGUUACCCUGGGCAAAUCCUUCCUGCAGUUCAGUGCCAUGAAAAUGGCACACGCUCCUCCGGGGCACCACUCUGUCAUCGGGCGACCCAGCGUUAACGGCCUGGCCUACGCAGAGUACGUCAUCUACAGAGGGGAGCAGGCAUACCCAGAGUACCUCAUCACGUACCAGAUCGUGAAGCCGGAGAGCCCAGCCCAGCCGCCAGCCGCAGCAGAGCAGAAGUCCUGAGUGUCCAGACCUCGUCUCCUGCACACUGCUCAGACUGUUACACACUCCACCACACACACAUUCUGGCCUCCAGCUCAUCCUCGUCUUUCCCCAGCCUCUCGCCUACCUGACCUCCCCGUCUCUCAUCUCGCAUACACCUGCAGCGUUAGUGUUUUUAAGCAACCUUCCCCCUCCUUAAUGUGAUUUACCCAAGUCAGAGGUCACAGGUCAGAGCAUUGAGGGCUGAAGUGAUCUAGGACAAGCGACCUCAUUGCCAUAGCUUUUUGCUCAUUUAUUACUGGUUUAAUCCAGUACACAUUUCUCUUCCACUUUUUCGUGUCCUUACAUUGAAAUGUUUUACGUGAAUUAUUUUAAACCUAACACACUACAAGAUGGACCAUGUCACCGUUAACACUUUAGUGAUAUGCCAUGUUUUUUUCUUUAUUAUUAUAUUCCAUGGAGCCUCUCUUUUCAGACUCAUUCUUUUUUUUUUUUAUGAAUUGUUGCGAACGCCUUUUGAAAGUUGGACACGUGUGGGAAAACACAGUUUCCCAUUUGGGCCUUUAAUAGCAAAAUGUUUAACACAGGAUUUUUAUUUUAUUUUUUUUGUAAUUUGUUUGACUUUCCACAGGACAGUCAGUCAGACACAUCAUUUCCGUUAGCAUAUAUGGAUUAUAAAAAUGCAACGUUUUAAAAGACUCGCACUUUUAGGCAGGGUUUAACUUAUUCUAAUGAAACUGAGAAAUGCCAUUUACAUAAACAAACAUUUCCUGUAGUGAUUGUGAUGGAUGGGUGCUUUGGUAAAAGCUCUCCUCUCUGUGCUCUUGUUUUCUGUUGGAGGAUGGCUUCAUGACUGGAGCUUUUCCUUCCCUGCUUUCAGUACCAUUUUUGUGAUGUUCUUUGGGUUUUGGAUGACAGCAGGGUGAUCUGUAUUUUCUGUCUCAUUCCAGCAUAAUCUCUUGCAGAGAUUUGUUUCCUCUGAGACACUACUGACAUUUCAGCAUCACUGAUAUACACACACACACACACACAGGUUGUGGAAAACAGCUUGGAUGUGAAUGUGCCCCUGGAAGCUUAUGUUUGGCUGGAGGUUCUUGGGGUUGUUUUUAGUUUUUGCAUGGUAUUUCACUUCUCCACCAACACAGUACUGGUGCCGUACAAGGAAUCAGCUUUUUUCCCUGUUUAUCACAUUUGGAGAUGUGAACUAUUAUAUAACAUGACCAGGUGUAGGCGUUUCCUAAUGGAAAAAAUAACUGCGUAGGAUGGUUUCAGAGCAUAUUUUACAAUUCUAAGUAAAAAUCUUUCAGCAUCUAUAGCCAGGACAAGAUGGAUCCAUGCUUUUGUUUCUUUUAGUGAAACUAUUCUAAUGGAAUCUUAUGUUUUUUGUUUGUUUGUUUUUUUGUUGUUGUUUUUUCAGAAAAGCGCACCAUUUCUUUUGUAAGACUUAUGAUGAUUCAUACAUGCGUUAUGAUUUUUUUAAAUAAUUAUUUAAAAAAAAAAAACACACACCAUUCAUGACUGUACAUGUCUUAUUUGAAUAACUUGGUGUUGUCAUGGCAACAUGCAGUCUGCCAUCACUGGUGUUUCGUUCAAGGCCAGCAGCAGUUUACUGCUGGGAACCAGCUACAGACACACACACUAGGUUUUUAAUUAUUUUGAUUGACACCAGCACCAUGUUGGUGGAAAAGGGCACAAACGUCUUUUUUUGCCUCCCAGCCUGAACCACUUCACGUUUCACUUGUGUCUAAUGAUUUCCUUUUUUUUUUUUUUUUUUUUUAAGUAUACUUUAAUCAGAAUGUGAUGAGCAAUUUACCAUAAGCAGACUAACUGAACAGUCCUCAGUCCUGUAAACCAGUCUUAAUAAAGUACAUAUGUCAUAUGUGCUCCUCA